AUGCCAGAAAAAGGUCCAUUGCAAGCUGUUCAAGUAUUUGGGCGCAAGAAAACCGCCACUGCAGUAGCCCACUGCAAACGUGGAAAAGGACUUAUCAAGGUCAAUGGUCGUCCACUAGACCAGAUGGAGCCCGAAAUUCUCCGUGUUAAGCUUCAAGAGCCAGUAUUGUUGCUGGGUAAAGAGAGAUUUGCUGGAGUUGAUAUCCGUGUGCGUGUCAAAGGAGGCGGUCACGUAGCACAGAUCUAUGCAAUCAGACAAGCUAUUUCCAAGGCUAUCGUGUCCUAUUAUCAAAAAUAUGUGGACGAAGCCUCCAAGAAAGAGAUCAGAGAUGUCCUGAUUCAGUAUGACAGAUCUCUGCUGGUUGCAGAUCCUCGUCGUUGCGAGCCCAAGAAGUUUGGUGGCCCUGGAGCUCGUGCCAGAUACCAGAAAUCUUAUCGUUAA